GAGCAUUGUGUCUUAUCUGGCAGUUUUCCUGCUCAGCAAAGCAUUCAGUAGAGGCAUCUGCCCCCCACCCACUCGCCCCCAGAGCACCACAGCAGCAAGAGCAUCAUUCCCAGACCCCGCCUCAUCCCCGUCCUUGUUUUUGCCUGUCAUUCUCUCACACACUCAGAACAGCAGCCGCGGCACUGCAAUGAAUGAGCAUCCACAGCUGAGGAGAAGGCUAGGCGUUUCCAGAUGCCUCCCAGGAACCUUGCCCAGGAUUUGUCUCUGGCACUGCCACUGACUGCCCGGACACCGGGGGGAUUGGGUACAGUUCUCUUCUCUCAUUUACCCCCUUUCUCAUUAUUGCUGCAGAUCCCCUUCCCUUUCCGUACAAGCUAGAACGGCUGCUGUCUAUCUCAUGGGGGCCGAGCAAUGAAGCUCCUGCAAUUGUUAAGGAGAUGCCACCAGGGAAUUAUUACGCCCAGUAGAUCCUUCUGUUCAGGAAAGCAAAGGUGAGGAGGGGAGGAGGGCAAAUCCUUACUAUAGAUGUACCGGAGCUUCCGUGAUUUCUGAGGUGUGUCUGAGUGUUGCCUUGGGAUAAACAAAAGCACCAGACAGGGGCAGCACUAGAGGAGGAGAGUCAAGAUGAGUAGCAAAGCUAAGAGCAGCGAGGCCCUCAAGGUAGUGGUCCGAUGCCGCCCUACCAACAGGAGAGAGGAGGCAGCUGGGUACGACAGCAUUGUUGCUAUGGAUAUUAAGCUGGGGCAGCUGACUAUGAGGCAUCCAAGGGCAAAUCCAGGGGAACUGCCAAAGACGUUCACGUUUGAUGCUGUAUAUGAUGCCAACUCAAAGCAGGCAGACUUGUAUGAUGAGACCGUUAGGCCUCUGAUUGACUCAGUACUGCAGGGAUUCAAUGGCACCAUCUUUGCUUAUGGGCAGACCGGCACCGGAAAGACCUACACUAUGCAAGGUGUUUGGGCCGAGGCCGAGAAAAGAGGGGUGAUCCCUAACACUUUUGACCAUAUAUUCACUCACAUCUCCCGGUCCCAAAACCAGCAGUAUUUGGUCAGGGCGUCUUACCUCGAAAUCUACCAGGAGGAAAUCAGAGACCUUUUGUGCAAAGACCAGAACAAGAAGCUAGAACUCAAGGAGAAUCCCGAAACCGGGGUUUACAUUAAGGACCUCUCUUCUUAUGUGACAAAGAAUGUCAAGGAGAUCGAACAUGUCAUGAAUUUGGGCAACCAGUCGCGGUCUGUAGCCUGCACCAACAUGAAUGAGCACAGUUCAAGGUCCCACACCAUUUUUGUUAUCACGGUGGAGUGCAGUGAAAUGGGAGUGGAUGGGGAAGAGCAUAUCCGAGUGGGCAAACUCAACCUGGUGGAUUUAGCUGGCAGCGAAAGACAAAACAAAACAGGAGUAAAUGGCGACAGGCCUAAAGAAGCUUCAAAAAUUAACCUCUCACUUUCAGCACUGGGAAAUGUGAUCUCAGCUCUGGUUGAUGGAAGGAGCACCCAUAUUCCUUACAGAGACUCCAAACUCACCCGCCUGCUUCAGGAUUCUCUGGGUGGCAACGCAAAAACAAUUAUGGUGGCAACUUUGGGUCCAGCUUCAGUCAAUUAUGAUGAGACCUUGUCCACUCUCAGAUUUGCCAAUAGGGCUAAGAACAUCAAGAACAAGCCUAGAAUCAACGAGGACCCAAAGGACACCUUAUUGAGGGAAUUCCAAGAAGAAAUUGCUCGACUAAAAGCCCAGCUAGAGAAACGAGGGAUGCUGAGUAAGAAGAGAAGAAGGAACAGCCGCAGAUUAAAGUCAGUGGAUGGAGACGGAACUCCAGAUACAGAGGUAGAAGAAGACAAUGAAGACAAACUCAUCGAGAAGAACGUUGGAUGUUACCUGAAGGAGCAGGCAGAGAGGAUUGAGCAGGAGAAGGCCGCAAUCCAAGACGAUCACAGUCUAUUGGCAGAGGAGAAACUGAAGCUGAUAGAAGAGAAAGAGAAGAUGAUGGAUGAUCUGACUAAGGAGCAGAAGGCUACAGAGAUGCUGGCUGUGAAAUUCAAGUCAAUGGAGAGCAAGCUUCUGGUGGGAGGGAAAAACAUCAUGGACCACACCAAUGAGCAGCAGAAGAUGUUGGAGAUAAAGAGGCAGGAGAUAGCGGAGCAGAAGCGCAGAGAACGAGAGAUUCUGCAGCAAAUGCUCCUGCGUGAUGAAGAGGCGGUGGAGCUUAGGGGAACCUACACGUCUCUGCAGCAGGAGGUAGAAAUGAAGACCAAGAAACUCAAGAAGCUCUAUGCUAAACUGCAGGCAGUGAAGGGUGAGAUCCAAGACCAACAUGAUGAAUAUGUGCGGGUGAGACAGGACCUCGAGCAGGCUCAGAAUGAACAGACCAGGGAGCUGAAAUUCAAGUACUUGAUCAUUGAGAACUUCAUUCCACCAGAAGAGAAAAAUAAGAUCAUGAACCGAAUUUACUAUGAUUCUGAAGAGGACCAGUGGAAAUUCCAGCCUCUUGUACCCCCUGGAAAUGGCAGUGGAGGGAACGACACAAUGAAGAGGCGUCCAUCAUCUGCCGUGGGGUAUAAGAGACCAAUAAGUCAGUAUGCACGGGUCGCCAUGGUCAUGGGGUAUCAUCCCAGAUAUCGGGCUGAAAACAUUAUGUUCCUUGAACUGGACCUGACCCCUCCUACAGUGUUCGAGAUGGACUUCUCUAAGGAUCGGAGUGAACAAGACCCCCGGGCCCUUCACUUGGAAAGACUCACUCGCCUUGACAGUCUCAUUGAGCGUCCGGCUGCAGCACGAGUUAGGAAAUCCAGGUCCUGGUGUCAGCAGCCAAAGCUUCUCCCAUCCUCAACCACCCACAUCUCCCUGACUUCGAGCAGCCAAAAGUGCCCUCUGUCUCCCACCCAUGAGUAACACGGCCUUCCCUCGAUAGCCCCACCCAAGCACUAAACUUUAUUCCAGGCUUUUGCUUCCAACAGACUAACCAGCCGGGAUCUCGGCUGAGCAAAGAACGCUAUAAUUUAAUGGAUGAUCGUAUUUAUUUAUUUAUGUGGAUGGGCUUGUGCCGUCUUCUCUUGGCACAACCUGGUAUGCAGAGAAUUAAGGGCAUGGGUAGUCACAGCUCCCACAAGAGUUUGGUAGGAACGGGAUGAUAUCUCUUGACUGUUACCUCUGCAUUCUCAGUAGGGCCUCAGGCCACAAAGCUGUACAGUAAAGUGAUUAAUGUUGUGUUGUUAGUGCCCAACAGAGGCUCCAAACAUUACUCUCUACAAAGUCCAAGUGGACAGCCAAGAAAAAAAUCAUUUCCAUACAUCCAGAAACCAAAGGGGAACAUGUUCAGCCCAGUCUAUAUUUCAUCAAUAUAUUUCCCACCACCAGGACUGCUGUGUCCUUUCUUAUCUCCAGCCAGUGUGUGUGACUUGCAUCCCAGCCUUGAAUUCCUGGCAGACAUCAUUGCAAGUGAUGGUCAUCAGGAUUUGGCCAAGUCUCAUUUUACAAAUGCCAGUGCCUUAACUCAAAGGCUUUCCAUCUACAGCUCAGUCUCUGAAAAAGCCUCUCGAAUGUUUUACAAGAUACCUUUCUCCAGUCCUAUGACACAAGCUUGCCUGGAGAUGAAGCAUACUUGAGACAUGUCAUCCCAAGUAGUUUCCGGCUGAGCUUAGCACUGAUCAUAGUCCAGAAGGAGACCUGCUGCUACAGACUUGACCAUCCUGCUUAUAUUUACUACACGCUACGAGGCACCAUUUGGGUUUACGUUCACUCUUGAAACAGGCCAACCAAAAUGUCCAUGCCUGGACACUCGUGAACUUUUUCAUCUUAAAGGAUCCAAGUGCAAGCUUAGUGUUCAAUAGCUGUCUUUCAGUUUUGUAUAAAAUUAGGUCUUUAUAAAUCCUUUGUCGAAAGUAUGGACCAAUUUAAUGCCAUUGCCACCAAUCACAAGACUGUAAACAGAACUACUUCUGGAGAGAACCUAGCAUGUACCAUACCUGCAUGUCCGAGCAAACAUAUAAUGGCAGGUACAGCUAAGGAGUUGUAUUUAGAUAAUUAUCGGUACUGCUUACCUUUUGUGUAACCCCCAUGCUAAACCAAUGUGUAAAAUGAUUUAUGUGGGACAGGUAUGGUCUUGGCUUCUUUACUAUUGUAUCCAAGGUGAGAUGAGAUGCUUCAAAGGGGAUAUAUACUGUAUUUAUUUAGUGGCUUUUAUCUUCCAUAUUUGUUUGCUAAGCAAGUAGUUAAAAGCUACCCUUUUGAGGAUUUAUAUUUGGUUAGGAGCUAGAUAGUCCCAUUUCUAUUAAGGCCUCAAUUUAAACUCUUAAGCUGGCCAUAGACGCAAAGAUUCGAUCGUACGAAUCAACGUACGAUCGGACUUUACCAUCUCCCGACCUGCCACUAACCAUUUAGAUCAAAUAAAGUAGAAAAGAACAGAUCAGCGAUGUUCUGCCCCUGACAGCAAUCGUACGAAAGUUAUGUCCGACAAAAGCUAGUGACAGUCUCCCUCUGAAAAUCGCACGAUCUGCAAUACAUAGGAGAUAUUAUCAGCAGCCGACAAAAAUCUUUUAACCUGUCCGAUUGACCAAACGACCAAUCUCCGCCGGAUUAAUAUGUCGGGACUCUCCACACACGGUCCGAAAAUCGUACGAAUCCUCGAUUUGUAAGAUCCGAUCUUUGCCUCUAUGGCCAGCUUUACUGGUUUUCAGUUUGGCACCACUCACUUCUUUUAUCCUUAAAGGACCAGUAGCACCAUAACGUGAAAAUAUAUAUUUUUUACAUUUCAAAGUUAGUAUCUGUUCCUCCAGUAACUACAAAUAAACGGUUUUGUGGCAAUAGGGUUGUCAUCUUUCCAAAGAAAACUUACUGUUCUUCGGGGAAGGGGAAGUGAUGACUCUGUGGCUGAUCAGAGAUGUCAUGGGGCAUAUCAGUGGUGGGGAAUGGGCAGAUUGGGGCAGGGUCUUUGGCUGUAUUAAGUGGAGAUUGGCAUGAAGGACUUAAAAGACAGUGUUGGGCAGCAAAAUAGCUUAGGGAGGGUAGAAAAGGGGAAAGUAGACUGCCAGCAAAUUUGUAUAUAACUAUAUUUGUGCUUUUGCACCAUCCACAUAUAUAUAUAUACAUAUAUAUAUA